GGAUUGCGCAUGCGCGUUGAGUUGACCACGCCCAUCCCCGGCCCCGCCCCGCCGGGAGAGCGCGAUGGCGGCGCGCGCCCGCGGCAGCGCCUGAGCCCAGGAUGAAGGAGUGGUGGCUGCAGGUGGGGCUGCUGGGCGUGCCCCUCCUCGCCGUCUACCUGCACAUCCCGCCCCCGCAGCCUUCCCCGGCACUCCGCUCCUGGAAAUCUUCCGGAAGCUUCUUCACCUACAAGGACCUGAACGUCUUCUACAGAGAUUCCAGCGGCGCCGUCGGCAGCUCCGACGUCGUGGUGCUCCUGCACGGCUUCCCGACGUCCAGCUACGACUGGAGCAAGAUCUGGGAAGGGCUGACCCAGCGCUUUCACCGGGUGAUUGCCCUGGAUUUCCUCGGAUUUGGAUUCAGCGACAAGCCCAGACCCCACGGCUACUCCAUCUUCGAGCAGGCCACCAUCGUGGAGGGGCUGCUGCGCCACCUCGGGCUCCGGCACCAGAGGAUCAACCUCCUGUCCCACGAUUACGGGGACACGGUGGCCCAGGAGCUGCUCCACAGGUCCCUGCCGCCCCUCCUGCCCUCUCCUGUCCCCUCCAGGAUGAUUUCCAGCAGGUAUGAGCACAAUAAAACCGGGAGCAUCCUGAUCAACAGCCUCUGCUUGUCCAACGGAGGGAUUUUUCCCGAAACGCACUACCCCCGCUUCAUCCAGAAGCUCCUCGUGGAUGGGGGGCUGCUCUCCCCCGUCAUCCUGCGGCUCAUGAACUUCUUCUUCUUCUCUGGAGGGCUCAGGGCAGUUUUCGGGCCCUACACGCAGCCCUCCCAGGCGGAAUUCUGGGAUAUGUGGACGGCGGUGCGGAAUAACGACGGGAAUCUCGUUAUGGACAGUAUUUUGCAGUACAUAAACCAGAGAAAGAAGCACAGGGAGCGCUGGGUUGGGGCUUUGACGUCUACCUCGGUCCCACUGCAUCUCAUCUACGGCCCCCUGGAUCCUGUGAAUCCACACCCCGAGUUCCUCCAGCUUUACAAGAAGGUGCUUCCCACGUCCACGGUGUCGGUGCUGGAUGAUCACAUCAGCCACUACCCCCAGCUGGAGGAUCCCACGGGAUUUCUCAAUGCCUACCUGAACUUCAUCAACUCCUUCUGAGCUGCUGCAGCUCGGUUUUCGUUCUAAGCAAAAGAAUCAGGCUUUGGGGGCAGGAAAAAAAAACCCAAACAUGGAUUUUUUCUCUCCCACAUCCAACACGGCGCUCGCAGCUUCGUCCUGGGUUGAUAAACUGAGUUAAAUCCAUGGAGAGCUGGAAAAAUGAGGGGAAAAGCAGGAUGCUGGCAGCUCUUCCAGCCCUGCACUCCCCUUUUUAUCCAGCUUGACUCUAUUUAGAGAGGCAGAGGUUUAAAUUAACAUUAAAUCACAAUUUCUUACUUGGUUGCCCUGACUUGGGAAGAAACAACCAACAGGCAGAGGCAGAAUUUCCCUGACAAAAUUCCCUCCAUCCCCCUCCUUUCCCGGUUUUCCAGAUGGGAUUUUCCCCCAGUUUGAACCCAGGAAAAGGCUGCCCUGAGGUUUGGUUAUUACCUGACGUAAAGCUCAGAGAAUUGAAUCUGCCUCAAGAGAUGGAGUUUAAUCUCUCGCUGUACAUUGAUUUUUCUGUGUGGAAGAAGAGACAGUCACAAAAAUAUUUCAAAUUGGGAGGUCUGGGAUGGUUUUUAAUUGUUGGGAAUUUAAUAGCAUCCCUUUAGGAAUAAGGGGUUUUUGUUUAAUAAACAGCCAUUAUGGGCUGUUCUUUUCUGUACUGGAACAGACAGAAUUAGAACAAAAAAAAAAAAUAAAAUUUCUAUUUUAUUAACAGCAAUUCAUAUGAAUUCCACCACUUGAACCAGUGUUUAUUUUUCUGUUAAUAAAAAGCAAUUUUGACAAAAAAAAAACCUGAUUCCAUUUUUCCCUUCCCUGGUUGAGAUUCCAUAAGUUAGGUGGGAAUGUGUCGGUGAGGACGAGGGAGGGGACACGGGAACGGCUCAGCGCCAGCCACUAACGCCAUACAAAAGAUUUCCCAAAUUCAGGAAUAAAAACUAAACAUGCAGAAAAGACAGCCAGGAAAAAAAAUAAAAAUUAAAAAAAAAAAAAGAAAAAA